UGUUUUCUGCAGCAGAGUGCAGCAUCCCUCUCCCAGAUCCAGGCUCCCUGAGCUGCAGCCUCAUGCCUGCUGAGCUGAGCGACUCCGGGAUGGACGAAGUCUCGUUGGGUCUGGUGGCCGCGCCGGCUUCACCGCGUCCAACCUGCACCACGGAUUCAGAGGAGGACACGGCGAACGAGGGGAUGCACACCUUCAACCAGACGCACAUGAGGAAAGCUUUCCAGCUCAUGAACGACCUCAGAAGUAAAAGGGUGCUGUGUGACGUCCAGCUGGUGGCGGGGAGCGUGGAAGUGCCAGCUCACCGGGUGGUCUUGGCCUCCUGCAGCCCCUACUUCUGUGCCAUGUUCACAGGUGACAUGAGCGAGAGCAAAGCCCAUCAGGUGGAGAUCAGAGAAGUAGAUGGUCAGACUCUGAGAAAACUGGUCGAUUACAUUUACACAGCUGAGAUAGAGGUCACAGAAGACAACGUCCAGGUUCUGCUGCCAGCAGCUAGUCUCCUCCAGCUGAUGGAUGUUCGCCAGGUCUGCUGUGAAUUUCUGCAAUCUCAGCUUCACCCCACCAACUGUCUGGGCAUCAGAGCCUUCGCUGACCUGCACACGUGCACACAGCUGCUCAACCAGUCCCAUGCAUAUGCUGAGCAGCACUUCACUGAGGUGGUGCAGGGUGAGGAGUUUCUGGGCCUUUCUCUGCAGCAGGUCUGCACCCUCAUCUCCAGCGAUAAACUCACCGUCUCCACAGAGGAAAAGGUGUUUGAGUCGAUGAUAUCUUGGAUCAAAUACGACAAACCGGCUCGUCUGGAGUUCAUGCCCAAACUAAUGGAGCAUGUCAGACUUCCUCUGCUGUCGCGGGAUUACUUGGUACAGAUUGCUGAGAAAGAAGCUUUGAUAAAGAACAACAACACCUGCAAGGACUUUCUCAUAGAGGCAAUGAAGUAUCACCUGCUUCCUGCUGACCAGCGGCACCUCAUCAAGACGGACCGGACUCGGCCCCGAACUCCCGUCAGUAUCCCUAAGGUGAUGAUCGUGGUGGGCGGCCAGGCCCCUAAAGCCAUCCGCAGCGUGGAGUGUUACGACUUCCAGGAAGAUCGUUGGUACCAAGUAGCUGAUCUGCCAUCUCGACGCUGCAGGGCAGGUGUGGUUUCCAUGGCAGGACGAGUGUUUGCAGUCGGGGGGUUCAACAGCUCCCUGCGAGAGCGGACGGUGGACGUGUACGACGGAGCCAGGGACCAGUGGACGUCCGUGGCCAGCAUGCAGGAGAGACGCAGCACGCUGGGAGCCGCUGUGUUGGGGGAUAUAUUGUACGCUGUUGGAGGAUUUAAUGGAAGCAUAGGUUUGUCGACUGUCGAGAUGUACAACUAUAAAACUAACGAGUGGCUGUACGUUGCACCGAUGAACACGCGGCGCAGCAGCGUGGGCGUUGGGGUGGUGGAUGGUAAGCUGUAUGCAGUGGGGGGUUACGACGGAGCGUCACGGCAGUGUCUUAGUACUGUGGAAGAGUAUGAUCCAGUCGCUGAUCAAUGGUGCUACGUAGCUGACAUGAGCACACGGAGGAGUGGAGCAGGUGUGGGUGUGCUGGGUGGUCUUCUGUACGCGGCCGGAGGUCAUGACGGUCCUCUGGUCAGGAAGAGCGUGGAGGUUUACGACCCGCAGACCAACACGUGGAGACUCGUCUGUGACAUGAACAUGUGUCGACGAAAUGCAGGUGUCUGUGCCAUUAACGGGCUGCUGUACGUGAUCGGGGGAGACGAUGGGUCCUGCAACCUUUCCUCCGUAGAGUUUUAUAACCCGGCCACAGACAAGUGGAGCCUCAUUCCCACCAACAUGAGCAACGGCCGCAGCUACGCAGGGGUGGCAGUGAUUGACAAGCCGUUAUGACCCAGGCCAUCACACAGCAUCCCUUCUGUGUCAACACCCUGCUCCAGAGCCGACGUCUGAAGCAAAGUCGUGGAGAAAUAAUGCCUGAAAUAAGCACUGUUCAAAAAAACAAAAAACAAAAAAAGACAUGCUCUCAGCCUUCAGCUAACACAGACGCAGAUUAAUCUUGACUUUUGGUCUGCUGUGUUACCAACAACCUGAUUUCAUGCUGUCUCCAGACCCUUUCCACAGCACUGUGACUUUAAGGACAUCGUUGCACUGCAGAAGAAGAGACUGCCACAGGACAGUGGGUUUAUACGAACUUUGAGUAGAAGGUUUUCAAAUGCCAAGCACAUAGCAAGCAGCCGCAUCAGCUGCCACCAUGUGGACUCAGUUGUGAAUGUCAGGAAAGAGUUUUUGUCAAGAAAGGACUGACAUUAAUGGACCAAAUGGAGUUUUUCUGAACUGAAUCGAAUCUGGACAGCUGAAUACUUAAAAAAAAAUAAAAUAAAAACACCAGCUGACAAGAACGUUGAUCUACUGACCACACAAAACUCGCUGUCUCAGGAAUACUGGCUGCCAACAACAAUCAGGAUGUUGAUGCAAUAAUCCACGUGUUGCAACGCAGGCCUGAGACUGGAUGUUGCAGGAACAAUAUUCAAAAUCCUGGAAACCUGAGUCUGUAUUUCAGUUUUUGUUUUUUUUAAUUUGUUCAUAUAACACUCUGUUUUCCUGAAAUUAGUUGCUUAACUUUAUCCUGAACACAAAGAAUUAAGCAUUUUGAUUGCCUGCUUACUGUCUGCAGCUGCUGGACCAAACAAAGACCAGAGCUCCUGUUUGGGAUGAGAUUCGCCUCUAUUGCCAGCAGUAUUAAUUCUCAACCCAAACGCCUGCGCCUCAAGGGCUGCAGGAUAAUGUAAAGAAUGUAGAAAAUGUCUUAUAUGCAAACCAAGUUAUCUAUUUAAUAUUUUUGAGAUUGUUUUCAAAGACGUCUGGAAGCACGGCUCCGGCUGCGGACCAGCUGCUGGGGCUUUGAUUCUGAUAUGGAAACACUACUGAUGCUCUGAUCUCUUUUGCACUGACCUACAGACCAGCAGGACUUGCUGACGAACCAGUGAAGCUCUAACCGUCUUUCCGACUGACCAACACGCUGCAUCUCUGACCUGCUGUCAGAAAGACGGCUGCUCGUCUGUCUCCCUCACUGAACUCAUUCGCGGGAGCUUUUACACUCGCUCUUAAAGGCCAAUACUUUCAUCAGAAAUUGUAAAAAAUGUGACCAAAAUAUGCCAGUUAUGAUGUUAGAAAGAUGCUGGAGGUGUUUUUGUUUUUCUUUUAAACUAAGUAAGAAAUUGAUAUGUUUAAAUAUUCCUUCUCGUUGUCUGUGUCAAAAUUCAGCUGUAAGAUUAUCAUGUCAAAGAUGCAGAUUUAAGAUUUCUAUUUAUUCAACUAAUUACAUACCGUUUAUUCACGUAAAGUGAAAAUCUCCUUUUUUUUUUUUUUUUUCUUCCUCAGCCUAAUUAUGUCACAGUUGUGAGCUUUUCACAUCUAUUUAGAUGAGGGGGACUGUGGGUAACUUAAUGGUGCCAUGACCUUGAAGAAAAACACUAUUGAAACUAUUUUAUAGUUGUUUUUUUUGUUUGUUUAAUAGUAACCUUUUAAUUACACAUUAAAAAUAAUGGGGUUUCUCAAUUUUUGUGGUCAUUAGAAAACUUAUUUAGCAAGAAACUUGAAGAUCUUUACAUUUUGCGUACUUCAUUCCUCCAAAUUUAUGGAUUAAUGGUUUGUUUUUCCAAUUAAUCCAUAUUGGUUUCAGUUCUCAUGAUUUAAGACUUGGACUUUAAGCAAAAUGCUCCUCACAUUCUGGUUUUGAGGAGGCUCUUCAGAUGGGACAUGGUCACGAGUUGUUUGGAGAAUUUACAGAAGGUAAUACUUGGUAAUGCUUCAUUAAGAAAUAUUAUAAAGUUUAUAGGCCAGAGUCACUUAAGAUUUUAUUAAAAUUCUUUAACAGUCAGUUGAGGUUGAUUUAUGUCACCAUUUUAUAAAUUAAUUUGCUUCAUAAAUAUGUUUUCACUGUUUUAACAUGUUGAAAUAUUAAGUUACUGACGCAUCACUACUAUCAACUAGAUUGUUCUUAUAUCAAAGUGGUCGAGCAUUUGAACUUUGAUGUCAAUGUUUCUAUGUUUGGGACCAGUAGUUCUGGAAAUAAAAAAUCACUGCAGCCUAAUCGGUUACAACUGCAGUUUAAGUUUGAUGUUAAUCGGCCAAAACAUGAACACUACGUAUGAAUAGCAGCUUCUGCUGCUAAUUGGACUUUGAGAUGAGACUUUUGAAACUGAUUUAUUGGAUGUUUUCUGAAUAAUCACAGUGUGCCGUUUUAUAUAUUUUUAUAUAAUUCCUGGAUAUUGUGAAUUCAACAGUGAGGCAUCUUCUCUGCUGAGAAUUGCACAAUAGCGUUGAGCCGCUGUUGUCACCGCGCGUGUUUUUCCACCGAGUGAGACAUCACGCUGCUCCUCCCAGCUCUGCUGAGCUGCACAUGCGCAGUAGAGUACAGCGCCAGGUAAACAUGGCAGCGGCCGACGCAACAGCAGGCGACUGGUAGCAAAGAUCAUUAA